UCUGACCGGAAGUUUUUUCCUACAUGGAUGCUGGUAGAAUUCCAGUCUGUGUGUUGUACUCAUGCUAGCAGUGAACCCGUCCGCUGCUUGUCGGGCUGGAUUAUUACACCAUGUGAACCUGCGCUGCGGCAGAUACAGAGCACCAUGGGUCGGAGCAGGAGCAGUAGUGGUGUUCCUACGGUGGUGGUGGGCCUUGCUGCCUUGCUCUUCAGCAAUGUUUUAAUCUACUUAUAUCUAGCCUCUCUGUAUCAGAGUGAUGUGCAGCUGGUGUCCUCUCAUAUAGGCUGUCAGCCUCAACAUUUUAAAAUGGCCACCAUGAAGAACUGCACCCCCUGGCUCCAGUGUUCACAGAUCAAUGCAGAAGUACGCAAGCUGAAGCUGAUCGGCCAGGGAGCCAUUAAGAAGGUGUACCUGGCUGAGUGGAGAACUCAGAAGGUGGCUCUGUCCAAACUGUCCUCUCUGGAUUACCUGGAGGAUUUCCUCCAUGGAUUGUCCAUGGUACAGGCCCUGCAGGGGCCCCACGUGGUGCAGUUGGUGGGGUUUUGCCUUGAAGAGCACACCCUGGUCACGGAGCACCACCCGCACGGCUCACUGCUUAACUUGGAUGUUGUCCUUGCACAAGAGCAGCACCAGCAACAUAACACGUGGCAGACACGGCUGAGGCUGGCGACGGACUACGUCUCCAUCCUCCAUUACCUCCAUAACAGCCCAGCUGGGCGGCGGGUCAUGUGUGAUUCCAACAGCCUGGAGAAAACACUCUCCCAGUUCCUGCUGACUAAUGACUUUCACCUGGUGGUGAACGAUCUGGAUGCGCUGCCUGAGGUGGACGCAUCCAGAGGCUUGUUGGUGAAGUGUGGCCACCGAGAACUCACUGGGGACUUUGUGGCCCCGGAGCAGCUGUGGCCGUUCAGAGACAGUGGGAAGCCAUUUUCAGACGAUCUCAUGCCUGAGUAUGACGAGAAGACAGAUAUCUGGAAGAUCCCAGACGUGACGUGGUUCCUGAUGGGGAGGGUACCUGGAGGAGACUUAGCCCACUUCCAUCUUUUUCAGAUCCAUGACCAGUGUAAGAAGGAGGACCCAACGCUCCGCCCCUCAGCUGUGGAUGUUUUAAAGGUGUACAAAUCAGUCUACAGCAGCAUGGUGCGAGACAGUGUUGGCUUUAGAGACAUGCUGUAGAAUAAUGACUCAGUUUUACAGUGUGGUGCAGUGUAAUAAAUGCUACUUGGUCUGGAGCCGGUGGAGGAUGUGGGCAUUUAUUUUUACAGUUUUGUCACUUGAAUUAAUCUGUUUUAUUUUAUAUCAAGACUCUUUGGAAUGUGCUGUUUUCACACAAGUCCACUGGAAAGGAGGAACAGAGUGUUUAAGUCAUCGUGCACCCAGGGACAAAAUAUCAGCUGCUGGGCCCCUCGUAUCUUCUCAACUCUUUCUGUGCAAUAUGUGCAAUUUUUCUAUGUGACACAAACUGAUUUAUGAAUAUCCAAAUAUCAGCCUAGUACUGAAGGUCUUGGAACUAGAUUUUGCCCCCGUGCCAAAAUCCAGUUCCAAGACCUUCAGUCUAACUAACCUUCAGUCACACUGACACAGAGUCUUAAAAACCAGGUAUUACAGCAGGAUCACAGGUUCCUGGCUCUGCUUCUUUCACUUCACGCCAAAUUCAAUCUGACAUGGACACAAAAUCUCCAAUGCCCAGCUAGUCUGAGAGGGGGGUGGGAUUGACUUCUUAUUCAAGAACAUGAAAAUAUAAGCAGCAGAGAAGGUUGGAUACUGCCUGACUGUAGUCAGUUCAUGAGAUUAAUGACAGUAACAUGUUUGAUAAGAAAUUAUGAUUUCCACCUUUGUAGACUACUGUUGUUAGCCCGCUAGCUAUGUUAGCUUCAGUUUAUAGUAACAAUGCCACCCACUCUAUUUCCUGCCCUGCUUGCUUUUUCUGACACCACAUAAGUAAAUAUAAAAAAAUAAAAAUGUAUUAAAUAAA